GGCACCUGGUAAUUGACAUCCACAGCCGUGAAUGGCGGCGUGUGUAGGGUGCUCAUGUGCGGUUCGCACGUGCCCCCUACCAGUGUUAAAGAGGUACCUCCUAAGCAGGGGCGGACUGACAACUCAUGGGGUCCCCGGGCAAUAGGGGAUCAUGGGGCCCCUGUGUCCUUGCCCAAAUUCAAAAAAGCCUAUGAAAAAGGUACCAGGGGCAUCUCAUAGGGCCCCCAACUGCCCCCGGGCCCUCAGGCAGUGCCCGAGUUUCCAAAUGGUCAGUCCGCCCUUGCUCCUAAGAGACAUUGUACCACAGCCAAUCCAUU